AAGAUAGCAUUUUAAAAUAAUCAUUUUUUUUGGGCCGUGAGUUGUGAUGGCAACACUUAUUUGUCAUAUUUAAAUAUAAUUUUUAGAUGUUGAUCUAAAUUUCAUAUUUUUCAAAAGUUAUAUUUAAUGAUUUUAUUCUUAUAAUGUUUAAAGAAAACUAAUUUAUUUAAAAUGAGUACUUUCGCAUUUGGUGAUCAACAGAAUACUCAAACGCCUUUUGGCGGUUUUUCAUUUGGAACUGCACCAAGCAAUACAGCAGCAUUGAAUUUGACAUCACAAAGUAAUCCUACUAGUAGUGUAUUUGGUGCUGGAACUGCAUUUGGAGGAUUAAAUGCAUCUGCUUCUGCAACUACUUCUGGUGUUUUUGGAACCACACAGACUGCUCCAGCAUUUUCUACUUCACUCUUUUCAUCUUCCACAACAACUACAUCAGCUUUUCCUGCAAUGGGACAAACAUCUACUGCUAUUCCAUCUGCCGGUUUUUCUUUUGGAGGUUUUAGUAACCCUGCCACAACUACAGCUUCUGCUUUUGGGACUGGAACUUCACUAGUUCCCUCUGCUACUAAUUUUCCCAGUACAUCUGCAACAAUUGGUCUUGGUGGCAUUGACGUGCAAUCUUCAAGCAGUUUAAGUGGGGAAAAUGUUUCUACAAAAAAAGAUGGCAAAGCCGUAAAGGAAACUCAAUUACCCAAUGAAAUAGUUGUUUUAGUCGAAUCAUUUAAAAAAUAUGUUAAAGAUCAGAAGGCAGUAAGAGAAGAAAUGAGUAGAGUUUCUAGUAAGAGUAUGUUUAAAGUUCAAGAGCAAGUAAACACUUUAAAGCAGCAACUAUCAGUUGUUUCUAAUGGUCUUCAGAGAAAUGCAAUCGCUAUUACGAAAUUGAAAGAAGAAUCAGUUCAAGAACUAAAAAAUGCAGAAAUUGCACAAAGGACUAAGGAUUCUCUCUCAUCAUUGCAGUAUGAAAAUAGUGCGCCUACUGAGUACUUCCAUAAUUUAGCCAAUAAUUUUGAAAAACAAAUGCAAUCCUAUAGAGAGCAAAUAGAGCAGUUGGAGAGACAUUUUCUUUCAUUGUCUCAGCCAGUUGCUUUAACAGCCACAGAAUGGACAUCAAUAAGAAGAAGGCUGCAUGAUACAUUUGUAACUUUAGCAGCACAAUUGCAAACAGUUCAUCAAGAAGUUCAGCGCAUCAAGGAGUAUAAUGAGAGAUUUAAUCAGGGUGAUGUACGGUCUCUCAUAGAGAAAGAGAGAUAUGAAACAAAAGAUUUGUUUCCUACUUCACAUCUUCCUGCAUCAGUUACAUAUGGACCCUCACCAUUCAAAGCUAUGCAAAGUGCCGUGGGGAAAGCAAUUACUAAUGUCUACAAUCGCUCUCAGUUAGGCAGUUCAACCUUGGCAAACCUUGGAUUUUCUGGUGUAGAAAAGGGUUUUGCUGUUGGACAAACAAUUGGUGUCUUAACUUAUUCUACAAAACCAUCUUCUUUUCAAAAUUUGUCGUCAUUUAAACCACUAGGUAAAUAGUGGUCAAACUGGAGUGCCUUUUGGUAGUUCUAGUCUCGGUGAUGCAACUGGUUUUGCUAGUGAUACUUCUGCUCAAUCUCAGUUUGCCUUGAAUAAUCAAAAGCCCUUUCAACUACAGAAACCUCCUGCUGGAAAUAAAAGAGGAAAACGUUGGACUAGUACAUAAAAUACUUUUUCUUCACUUUCUUUUAGAUGUUUACUUUUUAAAAUCUGUAAAAUAAAUUAUUUUAAGUCUUUAAAA